AUGCCCUCUUCUCAAACCACCGCGGGCCAUCUGGCCGUCAAGUCAGAAUACCCCAGCUCACAGCCUUCGGCCAUUGCGAAACCCGCCGAGCCCAACAGAAAUCCCAAAUAUGAUCCCAAGAGGGUUCAUAUCACCGAGACGCCCAUGACCCGUUCCAACUGGUACAAGCAUGUCAACUGGCUCAACGUUACCCUCAUCGUCCUCAUCCCCUUUUAUGGCUGCAUUCAAGCUAUCUGGGUCCCACUCCAAUUCAAGACCGCUGUGUGGGCAAUAGCAUACUACUUUGCCACCGGUUUGGGAAUCACUGCGGGUUAUCACAGGCUAUGGGCGCAUACAUCGUACUCGGCCACCCUUCCUCUUCGAAUUUUCCUCGCUGCCGUGGGCGGUGGUGCCGUUGAAGGCUCCAUCAGAUGGUGGGCGCGCGAUCACCGAGCACACCACCGAUACACCGACACCGACAAGGACCCAUACUCUGUUCGAAAGGGACUUCUGUACUCUCAUAUCGGGUGGAUGGUCAUGAGACAAAACCCAAAGCGGAUUGGACGUACCGACAUUUCGGAUCUCAACGAAGACCCCGUGGUCAUCUGGCAACACAAGAACUACCUCAAGGUCGUUCUCUUCAUGGGCCUUAUCUUGCCCACCAUUGUUGCUGGCCUGGGCUGGGGAGAUUGGUUCGGUGGGCUCAUCUAUGCUGGCAUUCUCCGAAUCUUCUUCGUUCAGCAAGCCACCUUCUGUGUCAAUUCUUUGGCCCACUGGCUUGGAGAUCAGCCAUUUGAUGACCGCAACUCUCCUCGUGAUCAUGUCAUUACGGCCCUGGUCACUCUUGGAGAGGGCUACCACAACUUCCACCACGAAUUCCCAUCCGAUUACCGCAAUGCCAUCGAAUGGCACCAGUAUGAUCCCACCAAAUGGUCCAUCUGGAUCUGGAAGCAACUCGGUCUCGCCUAUGACCUCAAGCAAUUCCGCAGCAACGAAAUUGAGAAAGGUCGUCUCCAGCAGUUGCAAAAGAAGCUUGAUCAAAAGCGUGCCAAACUCGACUGGGGUAUUCCGCUUGAUCAACUUCCCGUCAUGGAAUGGGAUGAUUACGUCGAGCAAGCCAAGAACGGUCGCGGCCUUGUUGCUAUUGCCGGCAUCGUUCACGACGUGACCGAGUUCAUCAAGGACCAUCCAGGUGGUAAGGCAAUGAUCAGCUCCGGCAUUGGCAAGGACGCCACGGCGAUGUUCAAUGGUGGUGUGUACAUGCACAGCAAUGCUGCCCACAACUUGCUGUCAACGAUGAGGGUUGGCGUCAUUCGUGGGGGUUGCGAAGUCGAGAUCUGGAAGAGAUCUCAAAUGGAGGCCAAGGGCGAGGUUACUCGGGACAGCUCUGGAGAGCGAAUUGUUCGUGCUGGGUAUCAACCCACCAAGGUGCUUCAAAACACCCCGACAGCGGGUGCUGCAUGA